AUGGUAACGCCAAAAGUAAGAAAAGAGGCGCGAAACUUCUUUAAUUGCUCGGAUUUGGAAGGAGCUGAAAUCGAAAGCCAAGGUAAAGAAGGGACAGCUGGUUCCCAUUGGGAAAAGCGCAUUUUUGAGAACGAGGCUAUGACGGGUGUUGCUACGCAGGUCUUCGCGCUAAGUCGUAUUACAUUGGCGCUUUUCGAGGACUCCGGAUGGUACAACGUGGACUACGAGUGA